AUGUCCCUGCCUCGGGUCUUGUUGGUUGCCUCCACUGCUGCAUUUGCCUCGGUGGGGCCUAAGGCGUCUGUUGAAGCCUUUCACCUGCAGCCGGCGCUCACCAAGGGUGGUAUUGAAGCGUCGCGUAUCACUACUCAUGUGGAGCUGUUUAAGGGGCCCUCCUCAGCCCCAACCGCGCCGAUGGCGGCAGCUGGGCCCCCUUGGCAGCCCCCUGCAUCUCAGCUCAGUCUCAGUGCAGUUUCAAAUAGUCUUGAUGGAGUGGACAGCUCACCUGGGGCCGACAACAGCGUUUUAGCGAUGGCGUCUUUCUUGCGCUGCCACAAGCCACUCCUUAAUGAUCGGGGCCCCGAAAUACCCGACGGGAAUCUCUGCAUGCUACUGCGGGGUUGCGACGCGCAUCAGCGGAUGAUAUCCCCCUUGGAGCUCAAGACCAAUGCGGAGGCCCUUCCGGGUGCAGCUGCUGCUGGGGUGAUGGCUUCCAAGGGGACCGCAGCGGCCGAGGCUAUAUGCAAACAGCUGGCGGAGGACCUAAAGCUCAGCAAGACUCCUCAUGGGCUCUGUCCCGUCGAGCUACUCAAGCUCGAGGUGGGGAAAGUACACCGUUUGCUGCAGUUCGCAACAGCCGCCGGCCUGAAGAAGAACUUCCUCAGCAAGGAUGCUCUUCUCGUUAUGCUAGAGCUCUACGAGGAAGUGGGAAUCGAUAGCAGCCAUAUUGUACAGGUUAAAGAGAUGGACGAGAAGAGCUUCAAGGAGUUCUUCCUACCGGCCUACGAAGAAGUACUUGCAAAUUUUGAAGAAACAAAGAAGCUAGUCAGGCAUGCAGAGAAAGUGCCUUUCUCGUCUCUACCGUUCGAACCUACCCCAGAUCCUAGGACAAUGACGCCUCUUGUUGUGGACAUAAUGCAGUUUAAAGACAAACUACCCAAUCUCAGGAAUUGGGAAGAUAAGCAGUAG